CGAUGUUUCUUUACUUUAGGUUCCGUCACCGAAAAAUUCGGAACUUCGCACUUUCGUAAAUUUAAAAAUUCGGGAUUCAACCCUGCCCCAAAUAUUCUAACUAAUUACAGUCAGAGUUUCAAUUCCAGGAUUGAAAUCUUCAACUCAUCGUUUUCUAUACGGCUAUCUGUAAUUGUUUUUCGCCGGGUUACUCAAGUCUCCUUAGCUUAGCCAGAUCGAUCGCUACACCAGCUCUUAAGUCGGGCACGAUGAACGCGGAACUAAUGGAUAAGAAAAACGCUUUCCUAUCCGAGGAUCUCUAAUUAAACGAUUUCUUACUCCUUUCCCAUUCUCCAAAGGUGUGCAACCGCAGAUCCAACAGAUAAUUCACGACUUUUUUCUUUCUGCGCUGGCUUGAUCCCUCUUCGUCUUUCAAGUCCGUGCAGUAUCUAAUGCAGCUCUCUGAGCCAAUUACACUCCUCGAAAUCCCGCAGUUAAUUGCUUGUUAAGUGCAAUUCUGUCGGUGAUUGACUACAGAUAUAGCAGUCGCGUUUUCUCAUCUCUAUGAACGUAUCCAACGAUCGCGAGUGAAUUUUAUACCUCGACCACUGCCAUGCAGUGAUGCCAAUUUUCCAAUUUAAGUGCACUCGGGAAAAAUUAUAGUGCGAUGCCUAAGACGAGGUCGGAGGUCUUGCUGGAUAUGUUCGGCCACUCUAAUGGCGGCAUUACACGUGCUUACGAGUUAUGCGUGGCAGGAAUGGCGGAGAAGGUGCGCGAGGCGUCUGUUCGUGGCGACGCCCCGCGUCUUGCUCGCCUCCUCGACGACGCCGUCAAACCACUUCCCGAUGAGCACGGCAGGAGCCCGCUGCUCUUGGCAGCAUCCGGAGGGCAUUUUGACGCUUGUACAACACUGAUCCUCCACGGGAGCGAUGUCAACGCCGCAGACAACUCCGGUUCCACACCGCUUCAACGAGCUGCUGCCGAAGGCCAUCUCGAAGUUGUCGAACUUCUCCUCAAGCAUGGUGCGGAUAUCAGCAAACAAGAUACCAUUCACGGAAACUCGGCGCUCCACGAAGCUGCGUGGCGAGGAUACAGCCGAACAGUCGCUGCACUGGCAAAGGCUCUGGGCACGCAACGAGCACCUUUGCACGCCCGCAAUCUCGCGGGAUUCGCACCCUUGCAUUUGGCCUGCCAGAACGGUCAUAAUCAGAGCUGUAGAGAACUCCUUUUGGCCGGUUGCAACCCAGACUUGCAAAACAACUACGGGGAUACGCCUUUGCACACCUCCGCACGCUAUGGACAUGCAGGAGUAACGCGGAUCCUUAUCUCUGCUCUCUGCCGAGUGUCCGACCAGAACAAAAACGGCGACACUGCGCUGCAUAUCGCGGCUGCAAUGGGCCGUCGUAAGUUGACACGAAUAUUACUGGAGGCAGGAUGCGACCGAACGUUAAGAAACAAGCAGGCAGAGACGGCAAAAGACAUAGCACGCAGAAAGAACCUCUCUGAGAUCCUGGAGAUAAUAAGUAAGGCUCGAAGCAGGAGUCGAGCGCGAAGCAAGAGCCGGGACGAAGAGUCAAAGGACAAGGUAGACGAGGGUGGAGAGGUGCCGCAGGUGAAGAGUGCGGGCAAGGGUGAUAAGAAGCGCGAGAAAACCGGGAGCGGUACGAGCGGUAGCAGAGACAGUAAUUCGAAAAAGGAAAAGAAGAAGCUGAAGGGUGGUAAACAGCACAAAGUGCACUUCGAGAAGGCUGUGGGCAAACAGUGGUCCCCUUACGGUUGCCACUACUAUCCGGACCCGGACGCGUUCCCUCAGCCGCGACUGGAUUCCCUUCCGUCGGACCCUCUCGCCCGGGGAGAACAAUACUACCUCGACCUUGCUGGAAACAUACGGAAAGGACCGGUCGGCGUCGGUUACACUUGCUAUUGCGCCCCGUUCUUCAGACAUAUGGAAGCCAAGCUCGAGAGGGACAAGGCCGAGCUCAAGGCUCAUAUAGAUCAGGCCCACGAGCGGCUCGACCUCAAGGUUACAAAUCUGGAGCGACGGACCCGCGGGCAAAUUUCUGAAUUGACCAGGUGCGUCGUCGCCGAGAGAGCUCGGUGCGACGAGAGACACCUACACCUUCAGCAAUGGCUUUCUCGUGGUGCUCGCGGUAGACACAGCGAGAGGCCGCCACGCCUCUCGACUUCCAACCCUCAGCCCCCGACACGCGCCCGCUCCUUGGAAGACCUUCUCGACGACAGGCCUCACGACAGGAGUUUCGAAAUACCCGGCGAAACUCCGGCCCACGGAGGCAGCCUCGACGAUCUGGACAUACCCGCCAUUCCCAGACUCAGCAGAUCCAUGCGGGAUAUUCCCUCGGGGUCUGGUACUUCGAGGCCGACAUUGAGGGUUCUCGAUGUGUCUCCGCGGCUCAAUGAAACUUUCGACGGAGACUUGAAACGGGAUCGAACAUCCCCUUUGGGCGCAGCUAUGUCACCGUCGUUGGGCUCCAGACAUCAGGUGCUGCAACAGAUUUCCGGAUCUCACGACCGCAUGACUAACACUCACCAAAUCGACGUCAAUAUGAAUUGCAAAAUUGGCGAAGAAAGUCCCCGCAGCGAUUGGAGAGGAGCUCCGGGACGGCGGAGCGUUCACGAAAUGAUCAGACGCUUUCAAAAUGUACCUGGCAUGCAUAACAGAUGGAGGGGACAACGUUCUGGAAGUAGUGAACCGACGAGUCCAGACCAUAGCCAAAGUUCACAAAAUCAAAGAGUUCAGCCUCAAGGAGGUAUGAGUAACGGAUGGCGGGGUGAGGGUGAGGGUAAUGACUCCGAGAGUAGUGAAGGUGAGGAUGACGUUGUGCAGCCAGAACCCGUCAACGGAGGACUGGCCGUCAAAGAAAUGGCAACCGAUGGUGUCCGCUACGAGAGCAUAGCCAGGAUGCCUUACAGGUCUCGUAACGCGGUUUAUAGCCCUACCCCACCCUUACAUGACGCGCAUAACGACUCGGGCUACAGUACACGCAUGUACGGGUCAAGCAAGGGUGCAUCUCCUUCCCUGUCAGGGCAAUUAGAAUGUGACGGAAUUAUACCACCAGCAUUACAAGGACCUUAUCCCAGCGGUGAGCAGCUAGCUGCUUUACUCGAACAACCACGAGGACGCGAUCUUACCGUUUACGAACGGACAGCUGACAAUGUCGUAAUCAACAUUGGCGGUGCUAGUUUAGUUUAACAGGAAUACCAGAGAUGUGCUAAACCUAUUAAUAUACCUGCAAUAGUUUCUAAACAGAAUACAAUUUAUUGUAAAAGCCGGUUGAAUGUUCUUUCGCAGUCACAGUUCAUUCACGUGUCCUAAUAGUGAUUUUAUUUUUUUUUUCCUGAAACCACUGAAAACCAUUUUUACGCGUAUAAUAAUGGACGACUAAACAUAAUUAGGUCAUUAAUAAUUUGGUAAUACGGCGCAAAACAAGUCAGUUUGUAAGCUAUUGCGGGGAAAAUUAAUAUUGAGUUACAAUCUGCGUUUACGUCAGAUGUGUUCAUAUUUUUUUUAACGGCAACGUAUAUUGCUGGUUUAGAUUGAGACUGCGAUACUAAUGUUCAAUAGCUAUGAAAUUACGAUACGUUAUAAUUUCAGAUGGCUUCUGAGAAUUUGUAAGUAUUUUUAUAUAUAUCAUUUUAAUCACAAGUUUUAAUGAAUUGUAAUUACCUCCCAUCACUCGUAUAUAAUAUUAUAAGUUCAAAGUAAGAGUACUUUUCAAAUUCGACACAUCAAGUUCACCAAUUUCCGUGAAGAAAAAGUAAAUUUUCUAUUUCCGAUGACAAUCUCAGAUCCAAUGUUACGAAUUCGUAUGUAAUGCUCUAUACAAUUUACAAAUCAAGAGAAUUAACCAAUUCUGCAUUGUAGAAAUUUUCACCUUGUCUUUACCGAUACGUAAAUCAGAAGUUAAUCAUUACACAUCAGAUCACUCGAUUCAUGUCUCACCUUCACAUUAAUGGUAGUUGUAAAAAUGUAUGUAUAUUGUCCAUGCCAUACAUUAGCAGAUUAAAAACUGUCGAAUAAAAAUCUAUUUAUUUUU